AUGGAACAAUUAAUAUCAACGUGUCCGAAUUUAAGUACAGGAUCGGCAAAUCAAUUCUUAUCACUACUCAUUAAAUACUUAGCAAUAUCUCAGUGCUCACUUUCAUCUCCAGAAUUGUGGCCAAGAGAUUAUGGAGAAAUUGCUCUGAAGAAAGGUUUUGGCGAGUAUGAUUUCAUAAUUGUCGGAGCUGGAUCUGCUGGAUCUGUUGUUGCGCAUCGCCUAAGUGAGAAUCCGGACUGGAAGAUUCUUCUCUUGGAAGCAGGAGGAGAUCCUCCAAUUGAAUCAGCAAUACCAGCAUUUGAGAAUGCGUUCGCGGAUAAUGCGCAACCAAUCUGGCAUUACAAUAUAGAACCGUCAAAUUCCAGCAUCUUCGCUGGUUGGUGGUUGAGAGGAAAAAUGUUGGGUGGAUCGAGUUCAAUAAAUGGCAUGCUUUAUGUGCGCGGCAACGAAGAUGAUUACAAUAACUGGGAAGCACUGGGAAAUCCAACUUGGGGCUAUUCAGAUGUCUUGGAGUACUUCAAGAAGUCAGAACAGAAUCACGAUGCAGAAAUUGCGCGUGCUUCUUGUGGACAUUUUCACUCAAAAGACGGACCAUUGUCUGUGGAAUUCUACCGCAAUGAUCCGCCAAUUAAUAGGGUGAUUUUUCAAGCAGCCGAAGAAAUGGGCUUUGACUUUGUGCUUGAUAUCAAUGCAAAUGAACACAUAGGAUUCACACUGUCUCAAGGAACUGUGAGAUCAGGAGUGCGAGAAAGCACAGCCGCUGCUUUCCUGCGUCCCGCCAUGAACAGACCCAAUUUGCACAUCGCUAAGCACGCUCAUGUGACCAAACUUGAGAUGGACAGUGAAAAUGUAGCCUUGGGAGUGACAAUGAAUCUUGGUGGGCGAGAAAACUUGAAGGCUUAUGCCAAGAAGGAAGUGAUUGUCAGCGCUGGAGCCUUGAAUACUCCGCAGAUUCUGAUGCUAUCAGGCAUUGGACCUGCAGAUCAUCUGCGCGAAAUGGAAAUUCCAGUCAUUAAAGACCUCCAAGUUGGAAAGAAUCUACAAGAUCAUCCUGGUGUGGUGUUUAUGAUCAAACUAAAUCACUGGAAUGCAACAUCAUUGACGGAAAGUGAAUUAUUGCGGCGCUAUUCCUUGUAUUUAAACGAACGCAGAGGUUACUUCGCCGCUCCUGGCACUUUGCCCACUCUAGGAUACGUCAAUGUUGACGAUCCAACAGCAAAGUACCCCAAUUUUCAGUACUACAAUCUCUUCUACCAGAAGGGCGAUGUUGAUGGAAUCACAGGAUUUCUAAGGCUUUCGGGAUACGUUAAGAACAUUAUCGAUUUCGCUGCUGAGGAAGUUAAAACAUCACACAUUCUUCUUAUCGAAGUGUCACACUUGGCGCAAGAUUCCAGAGGAGAAGUUCGACUUAGAAGUGCCGAUCCUAUGGAUAAACCCAGAAUCUUCGCAAACUAUCUUGCCGAAUCUUCAGAUGUUGUGACCUUUAUCAAGGCAAUUCGCUUAUAUCUUAGAUUUUUAUCAACGCCCACUUAUCAAUCGCUCGGAGCAACUUUAGUGCCAUUUCCGAUCCCCGAAUGUGACCUUUUAGACUUCAACAGCGAUAAAUACUGGGAAUGUUACUGCCGAUAUAUAAUAACGACGGUUUUCCAUCCUGUGGGAACGGCGAAAAUGGGACCAGAACGAGAUUCAGACGCUGUUGUUGAUCCCAGAUUGAGAGUUAAAGGCAUUGAAGGAUUGCGAGUUAUUGAUGCCAGCAUUAUGCCUAGAAUUCCAAGAGGAAACACAAACGCCCCAUCGAUAAUGAUUGGCGAGAAAGGAGCGGAUUUUAUAAAACAAGAUUGGAGACAUAAAUAA